CGUGCACGUAAAUAGUUAUCAUAACACGACCAGUGUUCGUUAUUAUUCCUGUUUCCUUGAAAAGUGGUUUUAUUCUAUGUUUACUGUACAGUAUAUUUAGCGGGUUUCUUAAUCAAAAGCCUAUUUUGCCAAAGUUUUUCUUGCGGCAAACACAUAACACUAGCGAAAACUCACUUGAAGCCAUGAUAAACUUGCGAUGGCUGAUUGCAGCUGUGUUUUUAAUGGUGUAUCUAAUCCGUCAGAUUUGUGCUUCUGCAGGAGAUCAAAGUCAAUUCUUUCAAAAUUGCCUUAGAAACUGUGUGCUGCAAAACUGUACCAAAUCCGGUUUAGCAUUCAAAAGUGACUUACAACAAUCUCAAAGCUCGAUCAAUAAAUUGCUUCUAUGGACCUGUUACGAUGAGUGCGGCUACGGCUGUAUGUGGCUAACGACUAGUGCAUUUGUGAAGCGCAAUUGGACCGUUCCUCAGUUUUAUGGUAAGUGGCCUUUCAUACGUGCCCUCGGUCUUCAGGAGCCAGCUUCGGUGUUUUUCUCGAUGACCAACUUCUAUACGCACUACUCUAUGCUCAAAAAGUUUCGCCGAGAAGUUCGUCCCGACAGUCCGAUGUACACCCUGUGGCAUGUGUUCUCGUAUAUCUGUUUAAACGCGUGGAUUUGGUCGACAGUUUUUCAUGCAAGAGAUUUUCCUAUAACUGAAUUAUUUGACUACGCAUUUGCUUACUCGAUGGUUUUGGCUUCGUUCUACUGUAUGGUGAUGAGGAUGAUCCACCGGAAAACUAAAUAUUUGAGAGCUCUGUUCAGUGUUCUGUGUUUGGUAUUCUUCGUGAAUCACUUCUCUUAUUUAAGUGUUGGUAGAUUCGAUUACGCUUACAAUAUGAAGGCCAAUAUUGUAACAGGAAUGACAGGCGCAGCAGGAUGGAUUUUUUGGUGUUUCUUGCAACGUCGCAAGCGUCGCUAUGUUUGGAAAUGUUUCUUAUUCAUUGUGUUGGCUACUUCCUCGCUGUUGCUGGAAAUAAAUGACUUCCCACCGAUUUUCUGGGCUUUCGAUGCCCAUUCUCUAUGGCAUUUGAUUACAGCGCCUUUGACAGUUUUGUUCUACAGUUUCAUCAUUGAUGACUGUAGAAGUUUAAGACAAGAACUGCACGACGGUGAGCCUGAAGAAACCCGGAAAUUAUUAUGAAACACAAUUUAUGGAAUGGACAGUGCCACAAUCAGCAGAACAAAUUUACCUUAGAAUGUAAGAGUGUCAUCGUUUUCCCUAGAAUAUUAGAAUCGAAAGACUUGAGCUGUUGUAUCACAGACUUUUUUCCUUAUGGAAAGAAUAAUUGUAUGUACUUUUCGUUCACUGCCAGCAAGUAGUAGCUAGUUAACGACAAUAAUUCUAAAGUUGAGCGAUAGUAGGCUGCAGUGGCAAGAAAUAAGCUAGUAUAAGAUCUAUUUUCCUCUCACGUGAAGUGCGUAAAACAAUUACUGGUUUACAUUUUAGAAUCUUCUUAGUUAAGAAGAGAUAAAAAAUUUUAGACUGUGCUACAUAUUGUACAAAGAGAUAUUUAAAUAAUUACAAUGUUAAUUGUAGGUGAACAACUGUUAUAGUUUUAGUUUUCCGUUUGAUGGAUAUUUAUGA